AUGACAGCUCAAGAAAUGCAUAUGAAACUUAAAGAGUUCACACAAUCUGGAGAAAUUGAUAAUAAUGACAUCACUCAAGUAUCUACAAUUCAUAAUUGGAUUGGUAGAUAUUCUAGAGAAUUUUAUUAUGAAGAAACAUUAAUUGUACUUGAGAUAUUCAAUACUGAUGGCUCUUUUUCAAAUA